GUACGCUUGCGCGUAGGUCGGGUCAGAGGAACCUUCGCUUUCGCCACAGUUAGGAUAAUCAAGGAAAACAAAGAUGAGCUUCAUCUGUGGACUGCAGUUUGCUGCUAGAAACUGUGUUUUCUUACGAGUUAAUUUACUGACCAGCUGGAGAAAAUGUAACACACAAGCUGUAACCUCACUGGACUGUCAUCAAGUGAAAAUUAACAAUAUAGUAAAUAAGUCUCUGGGCCUGGGGGUAAAUCAGGGUGAUAGAUGGACAUUUUUGCCUGAAAACUUUCAUUUCUGUAGGACUCUUAAUAACAAAAGAACAGGCUGCCUCUUGAGCACCAGAAGUAAGGAAAUUUGGAUGAUAACCCAAAAAUGUAGUGCAUGGAAUAACUCUUUUUCAAGACAGCUACUGAUGAAAGACGUUCUAGUAGUUCCUGCCCUUUCAGUGGUGCAUCCUCUAAACUGUUUACCCACAAGAGACAUCAGGAGUUUCCAUACUUCUCCACGGUUUCAAGCUGCUCCGGUUCCUCUCUUGUUGAUGAUUCUUAAACCAGUGCAGAAGCUACUGGCUAUCAUUGUGGGCAGGGGCAUAAGGAAAUGGUGGCAGGCACUUCCUCCUAACAAGAAGGAACUAUUUAAAGAAAGUGUAAGGAAGAAUAAAUGGAAGUUAUUCCUUGGUUUGAGUAGUUUUGGAUUGCUUUUUGUAGUAUUUUAUUUUACACACCUAGAAGUGAGUCCAAUCACAGGAAGGAGCAAGCUUCUAUUACUGGGGAAAGAACAUUUCAGACUUUUAUCAGAACUGGAAUAUGAAGCAUGGAUGGAAGAAUUUAAAAAUGAUAUGCUAACUGAGAAAGACACCCGAUACGUGGCUGUUAAAGAAGUGGUUCAUCAUUUAAUUGAAUGCAAUAAAGAUAUUCCAGGGAUCUCUGAGAUCAAUUGGAUAAUUCACGUGGUUGAUUCCCCAGAUACAAAUGCCUUUGUGCUUCCAAACGGACAAGUGUUUAUCUUCACUGGGCUUUUAAAUAGUGUGACUGAUAUUCAUCAGCUCUCCUUCCUUCUGGGCCAUGAAAUAGCUCAUGCAGUACUUGAGCAUGCCGCAGAAAAGGCUAGCUUGGUUCAUUUCCUGGAUUUCCUAGGUCUGAUUUUUCUCACAAUGAUUUGGGCCAUUUGUCCUCGAGAUAGUUUGGCACUUUUGGGCCAGUGGAUUCAGUCUAAAUUGCAGGAGUUUAUGUUUGAUAGACCAUAUAGUAGAACACUGGAGGCUGAAGCUGACAAAAUUGGACUACAACUUGCUGCAAAGGCUUGUGUGGACGUCAGAGCUAGUUCAGUGUUUUGGCAACAGAUGGAAUUUGCAGAAAGCCUCCAUGGUCUUCCCAAGUUGCCAGAAUGGUUAUCUACACACCCUUCUCAUGGAAAUCGAGCCGAGCACUUGGAUAGACUCAUACCUCAGGCACUCAAAAUUAGAGAGAUCUGUAAUUGCCCACCACUUUCUGGACCAGACCCUCGAUUACUGUUCAAACUCAGCAUGAAGAAUUUUCUUGAAGAAGCAGAGAAAGAAGACCUAAAUAUCACUGUUAAACCGAAAAUGGAUACUCUUCCCAUUCAAAACGAGAAGCAAAUAGCGUUAACGUGUAUAGUUGAGAAAAGAACUGGCAGUUGAAUUAAAAUUUAUGAGACACCAGAUAUAUGAAGAAUGCAGUAAUCCUUAUCAUUUUCAUGUUACUUUUUAAAAAAUAUUGUUUGAAAUGAAACAAAAAAAGGAUACUCAGGGUCAAAUCAUGUAUAUUACAGGUAUUAUCUAAAUUCUUAUACUAGGUAUUUUUCAUAAAAUAUUGAUACAUUUUAAUCUAUUUUAAAAUAUCUUCAAUGAGGAAAAUGUCACAGAAUAAAUUUAUAUUA